AUGACCAAGAUCAACACCUCCCUGUCUUCUUCCAGAAGAAAGUCGCGCAAAGCGCACUUCUCUGCCCCUUCCAGCGUCCGCCGCACCAUCAUGAGCGCCCCUCUCCAAGGAGCUCCUGUCGUUCAGGUCCGCUCGAUCCCCAUCCGCAAGGACGAUGAGGUCACCAUUGUCCGUGGCUCCAACAAGGGCCGCGAGGGCAAGGUCACAUCUGUCUACCGUCUCAAGUGGGUCAUCCACGUCGACCGCGUCGCCCGCGAGAAGUCCAACGGCCAGUCCGUUCCCCUCGGCAUCGCCCCCUCCAAGGUCGUCAUCACCUCCCUCAAGCUCGACAAGGACCGUGAGGAGAUCCUUGCUCGCAUCGCCAAGGGCCGUGAGCUCAACAAGGAGAAGACCCAGAAGGCUUAA